AUGCCCUCUCCAAAGACACCCAAAAGCCGCAAGGCCCCCCCUACCACUUCCAUCAAGAUUGGCAAAAAGGGACGACGCCGCUCCUCUACCGUCUCCGCCUCGACCUUUGACUUCUCCUCCUCCCUUUCGUCUGCAGACGACAACUAUUCGGCCGUUGACGACAUCAGCGACGACGAAGAUGACGACGAGGAGGACGUGACAGCGGUCGAGGAGCGCGCAAUGGUGGGCGAGACCACGUCCAGCCCUGGCGCUACUCGAUCGCUUUUCGAGGAUGACGGUUCCGAUAACGACGGUGACGACGACGACUCCGACGACGAGGAUGAGGAGGAGGCAGCGGAAGAAGACGAGGACGACGAAGGAGGCGCUGGCUUGAUCCCCAGCAGUGACGAGAGCUGGGAAGGCCUCAGCCCCACCCAGCAUGAAGAGAUCCAACAGGAGGAGGAGGAGGAGUCCAAGUGGCCUAUCCGUAAGAAGUCGGUUCACUGGGCCUCGGAGGAAGAGGACUCGUCUGACAACGACGGGGCUAAUGAGGACUUUUUCCCUGACAUCUUUGUGCUUCAAUCUGAGUUGGACCGCAACUUCCGCCGCCGUAUCGAGGAUGAAGAGAACAGCGGCUCCGAUUACACCGACCUCGACUAUGAUCAAUACGAGGAGGUGAUGUUCCAGAGGAUCGCAGACAGGCACGCCACACCCCGGACGCCUCAAGAAGAGUUGCAGCCUGCCUUCGAGCCAACGACCUGCGAGACAAUCCCCGAAAGCGAAGAGUUCAUUGAAGGAUACAACUACGAUGAUGACGGCUCCACAACCGAAGAGGAGGAUUUUGAAGUGCGUCCUCGUGCCGCGGCCGCAGCUCUCCAUGACCGUUCCGACGAUGAUACUUCCGAUGACGAGCAGCCCGCGCGUCGCAGCAAGGGUGAGCCUCUUUCGUCGCGUUUCAACCUUCAGAAGUACAGAAAGAAGCCAAUUGCUCUGUACAACCAUGAGACAAAGCGCAUGAUGAUCUUCACACCUGACCGACAUCACGAGCUGGGCCAUAUUCCACACAACCCCUUCCUGCAGCCCAUGCUGCCAGACUCGCCCCUCGAAUUGAACAUGGACUUCAGCCAGUAUCCGCUCGAUCUCGGCAACGACGCCACUGCUAACGGCGAUCUGCAAUUGUAUGGGCAAUUAUUCCCCAUGCCCGUCUCGGAGCAGGAAUCCGAGACCAAUGUCAUGGAUGAUCAGGCUUCGUCAGAUCUAGACGGCCAGGAGGGCGACGGAUUUGCAUUCGAAAGCUACAUCAAUCUCAGCGAGGACUCCUCGGAUGAAGAAGGGGAUGGUCAAGAUGCUACGACGCCCAGUCGGCCCGUGACCGCGCACAGCGACGCCAAUCUGUCCCACAUCAACUCACGCAAUGUUGGCGCCUUCCGUCAACACCAAGCCAACGCUCAGCUCAUGGGCACCGGUGCCACGCAUGACUCCAUCGCCUUCAGUGGCCCCCUGAACAGCACCACCAUCCGUGGCAUCAAGUCGGACCGCUUCGAUACUGCCGCCGCUCCGUUGACACCAGCACGUCGUCACAAGAGGCAGUCAAGCGAUAUGAUGCGCAGCCCCCUGGAUGCCGUCUCACAGAAGCGCAAGGCUUCGGGCGAGGCGGAAAGCUUCACCAGUCACAAGAAGCAGAAGAGCAUCUCUUCCGAGGUGGCUGGCUUGCAGCUUUAA